AUGCGGCGAGCCGUGAGGUGGUGCUGGCACUCGCUUGUGGCGUCUCCUCAGAGGUACAGUGGCGGCUGUCGCUACAUCCAUCAUCCAUUGGUGGGUGACCAGCGUGGCAGAAACCAGGCGAACAUUGGCACAACUGCACCAGAGAGAUCUCCGGCAACUGUGACGCUGAAUGCAUUGUCAAUCGCAGUUCGUCGCUUCCUAGAGCAUUCGCCAGGUCGUUGGUGGGAGGCGUCUGGUGGCAUGGACACACUUUUUACAAUUCUUCUUGACCAGCAGUACACGAAAAAAGAAGGGGAAAGUGGCGCGCUGCAUCCACUCCUUUGUGUGGAGAUUAUGAGGAAGCUGGGGUGCAGUGUAUGGGUUAACACCACUACCAGCAGCAGCAGCAGUAGUGACGGUUGCGGCGGGUGGGCGCGACGUUCCGGCCUGUCGGCGGAGGCCAUCGGAAAACUUGCGAAGUGCGUGCUGCAGCCACUGCUCCCCCACUCCCUCACGCACCCAAUGGUUCGGCCUCUCCUUCCCGUGAUGGUGGAGUGGUUGACCUGCAUUUCUGACUUCCCACUCCACCUCUGGCUGCCGCAGCUCUCGCUCUACCUCGACGACCUCACCGUGGUAAGCACUGAAGACGCUUCUGGCAAAGGCCCUCCACCAGAGUUUUUGUUGCGGUACCUGGCCCAAAAAAUCCCGCGGGUCAGUGCGGCGGAAGACCCAUUAUGUCAAACACCGCAGGAAGUUGAGCAAGCGCUUGACAAGAUGUUGCAACUCCUUGUACAGAGGCAAGGUAAACCUCCGUGUUCAGAGGGGACUCCGCAGAACGUCUCACCUUCUCUUGCUGUGGCAGAUGAAGGUCUAUCUGAGUGCCUUUUUUGGCAAGGUGAGACCCCUUUGCUCCUGCACGAGUCCAUUCGUGAGGCAUACGGGCGUAUGUAUCAUGCCCAAAGGCAUCUGGAGGAUGGGGCUGGUGGAGGGGAAGUUUGUGUAGGACGUGAACUUCACACCGUGUUUCCGCUGCCGAUUUUGGACGACGACACAUUUCGCCGUUUUCUUCUGCGUCUGCUUGCGCUCUCCGCAUAUUCUGAGUCAGAAAAAGUUGCAGAGGUUCCCUUCAACCGCGUGGUGUUGGUUGAGCCUAUCCUGCGGCUGGAAGACACAUCACUCGUCCUGCGCCUCAUUACGCCGCUCUCGGAGUUUGUGACGGCUAUAACUGAUAACCGUUUCUCUUCCCCCCUAUGUCUUUCGUUUACUGGGAUUUCGACGGUUAUUUACCAUGCAAUUGGCGAAUUGCAACGUCUGCAGAAGUGCCCGAACCGUCAUCGCUACGCGUUGUUGCCUCACAAGCCGCGCAUUCACACUCUCAAAGCGCUCUGUGAGGGGCUGCUGAGCGAUGUGCAACGGAAGCAGCAACAGAAGGAAAAUCAACCACACAAUACCAAAAGUGCCACUUUUCCUGGAGUACCAUUGCUGCAUCAGGUGCAAGUACUUCAGUCGUUCUGCCGUGCAACGCGGCGUCUUGUGGGGGUGGUGAUGACACAGAAGACUACCAGUCUUCUUGAAGAAGGGCCCGAGGGGUCUGCAUUGCAUGCGGGAGGCGCUAAGCCAAGGCAUGGUGACCUGACGGCUAUCCUCCGAAACACCGCCUACCGUGUGCUGGAGACGUCUCUUCUGCGAUACUACAAGGCUCUUGAUGAAUGGUCAACGUUGCCGUCCUUGGGAGCUGACGAUGACAGCAACGACCCUGUGGCGGUUGCAGUGGCGGAAAUUAAACACCACACAGACGGCCGCGCAACACUCUUUACCGCGCGGCAUCUGUUGCAACACCCAAUGCGUCAAGACGUGACGGCCGUCGUGGAGGGGCUUCGACUCGUGGCGAUACAGGCGUUAGUGCUGCACUCGCAACACUGCGAGGAGUGGCUCAUGGGGAAUUACAACACGGCCGUCGCAGGCGCCUUUUUCGCUGUGUGGCAUCGGGUAAUGGAGCGCGUUACCAUGACGCCGACAGAAGAGGCGGAGCAGGAGAAAGAGGAGUCACAUGCCAUACUGCGAGAAACGCAACGCAGCAUGUGUGGGAGGUUGCUGUGGACAAUGCUACUGUUACACCAACGUUAUUGUUCAUGCUGUGCAUCUCGAACGGCACAUUUAGAAGUGGGCGGCAGAGCCGCUUUAAGCUGUGUUUUGCUCCGUUCACUGCUGGAGCUGCUUACGUCAUGUAAUACAUGCACGGAACUCGCAAGUUUUGGCUGGCCCCUUCCUCUUUACGGUGCGGACGCCACCAAUGCGAAAGAGAAGGAGGAGGAGGAGUGGCAGCGUGAUGUGGAUUAUCUGUGGACGAGGCAAAUUGUGUACCCACCGUCGGAAACUCUUAUUUGCGGUUGUAGUGCGAAAUGGGAACUGCAGGAAGAGUUAUCGUUUCUGACUAGCGGCAAGAGUGGCACCUGGCGGUGGCUGGGAACGACGAGGGCCGUGCGCGACGCGGUGGUGGAUGCGGAGCGUGGUGUGCGCUAUGAUGGGUACCUUCUCCCAUGGUCAACAGUAGCGCACAGCCGUCACCCGUUGCGGUUUUACGAUGAAAGUGGCGAGUCUGUUGCUGCUGCAUUGGCGUUUGAUGCUGUUGUUGAGUCACUGCUGCUCCGGCUGAAAGGCAUCGUUCCGGUGCUCCGCGUGGUUAGUAUUGCGGAGGAAGCGAUGUUCUUUCGCGACAUGACGUGUACUCUGGAGCUGCCGUUGGGCUCUGGAGUCGUGGUUGCAUGCCCUGAGGCGCUUCAGCGGAAGCAGAGGCCAAACAAAGGCGUUGUUGGUUUCGCGAGAGGUGAAGAAAAUGAUGCCGAUGCUGGCGGCGGCGAUGACGACGACGACGACGACUGUCUCGAUUAA